CAACUUGCCCCAUCUCGGUUCCAAACAACUUUUCCGUCUCUUGACCCACAACCACCCACGUGAUUACGUGAACAAUUACAAUGUUGCUUUAAAAAAGUUGAGCUGAUUGAGAAAUCCGAAUAACACUUCUAUUAACUCCAUUCAAUGUAAAUCGCGACUGGGUUCUCUCGAAUCUCCGAGAAAGGCACUCUAACUAUACCACUUUCGGUCGCAAUUCUCUCUCGAUCAAACAGCCAUGAAGCGUUCGAAUGUUAACUCUACAGUACAGGCGAAUGCACAUAAUCUUGCACAAGAGAAUGGUGUAAACGAUUUCCUUCCUCUUGGAAACUUAGAGAAAGCUAUAAAAGAAAUUGUUGAGCAGCCACUUCCACUUGUUGAUGGGAUUGAAGAUCAGCUUGUGGAGUUUUCAGAAGCCAUGAGAACUGUUGGCAAGGUUUUAAGAGAAGCAGCAGAAGCUAAAGCUGCUGCUCAAGCUGAGGCUACAGAAUGGAAACACAAAUAUGAAUUGGAAAGAGAAAAGAAUCUUCAAUUGGAACAAAAAGGUCCAACAUUUGCUGAGAAUCCAGGAAACUUUGAGCAAAAAGUAGGAGGCUCAGACUCCAUUGAGCACCUUGCAAUUGAGCCUGAAACUGGUGAAAAAUCUCAAAGGUGUUGUGGGGAAAAUGGGAUUUGCUCUCAUGAGGUUCUUAGGGACAGGGGACCCGACUCUUACCCUAAUAUUCACAGCAAAAUUACUCGUAAGGCAUCAUUUAAACUAAAAUGGUGUAGCAAAAGUAAAAAAGAUGAUCAGCAUAAACAUGACAUUGUCUCCUUUGAGAAGGGAAAUAUAACCACAGCAGAACGUAGCAGUAAACAGAUUUCUUUGAAGUGGGAAACUCCUCCUCAGACUGUGCUUAUCUUGACAAAACCAAAUUCAACUUCAGUCAAAAUCCUUUGUGCAGAAAUGGUCAGUUGGUUGAAGGAAAAGAGAAGUAUGAAUAUAUUUGUUGAACCACGAGUAAGAAAUGAACUUCUAGAAGAAUCCUCAUACUUCAACUUUGCACAAUCAUGGAUAGAUGAUAAGGAGAUGUGGCAUUUGCAUGAGGUAGUUGAUCUUGUAGUAACUCUUGGAGGAGAUGGGACAGUGCUUUGGGCUGCAUCAAAGUUCAAAGGACCUGUUCCUCCAAUUGUUCCAUUUUCUUUGGGUUCCUUGGGUUUCAUGACUCCAUUUUAUAGUGAACGCUACAAAGAAUGCCUAAAAUCAAUACUAGAAGGUCCAAUCAGCAUCACACUACGACACCGUUUACAGUGCCAUGUGAUUCGAGAAGGAAGUGAAAAUGAAAAUGAAAAUGAAGGGCCGAUACUUGUGCUAAAUGAGGUGACAAUUGAUCGUGGGAUUUCCUCCUUCCUUACAAAUCUUGAAUGUUACUCUGAUAACUCCUUUGUCACAACGGUUCAAGGAGACGGCUUGAUCUUAUCAACAACAUCCGGAAGCACCGCAUACUCCCUUGCAGCCGGUGGCUCAAUGGUCCAUCCACAAGUUCCAGGGAUUCUAUUCACACCGAUUUGUCCACACUCGUUAUCAUUCCGACCUCUAAUACUACCCGAACAUGUAACACUUAGGAUUCAAGUACCUUUAAACAGCCGAGGCCAUGCAUGGGCGUCCUUUGACGGUAAGGACAGGAAACAAUUGGCUCCGGGAGACGCGCUGGUGUGUAGCAUGGCGGCGUGGCCAGUUCCCACCGCGUGUAGAGGCGAUUCCACCAGUGAUUUCUUGCAUAGCAUCCAUGAUGGUCUUCAUUGGAAUUUGAGAAGAACUCAAUCUUUUGAUGGACCCCGUGAAUCUUAACAAGUAUGGAAAAUUGGAAUCCGAGAUUCCAUUCCAUCGCGUGUUUGGUUAAGUACGGAAAAUUGGAAUCCGAAAUUCCAUUCCAUGGUGUGUUUGGUUGCCAGAGCGACGGAAUUCAUAUCGAGGAGAGGGGGGGAAGGAAUUUGAUUAUGUUGUUAUUUGUUUAAUUAGAAAAACUAUAUUACUCUUAAUAUAAUAUGUAUGGAAAAUUACGGACAAUAACAAUGUAGUUAUGUUUCUUUACCAAUAAUCAAGGUUGCAGAAAACGUUAGACG